UCUCUCCGCUGCUAGCUCCGUUAGCUCGUUAGCCUCCAGCAGCUGUCGGUGGCACUCAGUCAGCCAGCCAGUCAGUCCGAGUGGUGGUGCAUUUGUAAUCAUCCUGCUCCUCCUUCCCUUCCGUAGAUAGACCGUGGACUGCCGGUUUGUUUGUUAGGGAGCCAGCUGCUUCCCCUCCUCGGGCUACCUGCGGUAAAAACCUCGUUGUCGUCGCCGUCACGACAGGAAGAAAGCUCUGGGACAUGGCCAGAACAGAACAAGUGCUGGUGCUGGAGCCACAACACGAACUCAAAUUCAGAGGCCCGUUUACAGAUGUCGUCACUGCCACUCUGAAGCUCACCAACCCCACAGAGAGAAAUGUGUGUUUCAAAGUCAAGACAACUGCGCCUCGCAGAUACUGUGUGCGCCCAAACAGUGGCAUCAUUGACGCUAAGAACUCCGUCAAUGUUUCUGUUAUGCUGCAGCCGUUUGACUACGACCCCAAUGAGAAGAGUAAACACAAAUUUAUGGUGCAGUCCAUGCUGGCUCCAUAUGACAUGACUGACAUGGAAGGAGUUUGGAAGGAGGCGAAGCCUGAGGAGCUGAUGGAUUCAAAGUUGAGAUGUGCAUUUGAGAUGCCUCUAGAAAAUGACAAAACUCAUGAGAGUGAAAGCAACAAAACUGUGUCUUCCUCUACCUCCUCUGUUAAGACUGAGCUCUCCUCGCUGCCCAAGUCCACCAGUGCCUCUCUGGACGACGGAGAGGUGAAGAAGAUCAUGGAGGAGUGCAAGCGGCUGCAGAUGGAGGUGCUGAGGCUACGGGAAGAAAACAAACAGAUCAGGGAGGACGAUGGACUGCGGAAGAGAAAGGUGACCUCAAUGGGCGCUCCCCACUCUUCCUCCUCCGCCAUGGCGACCUCGACCAUGAGGGAGGAAGGCCUCGGCACCCGCGUCCUGGCACUCUGCGUGCUCUUCUUUGUCAUCGGAGUCAUCAUUGGCAAGCUGGCCCUGUAGAGACUCAGACAGACAGAGCGCAGUGACAGACGGAGGGACGGCGUGUCGGGAGGACACGUGUCAAUGACGGCAACGGGGAUGUCUUAUGGGUUUAUGUUGGUUUCUCUUUCUUUUCUUAAAACAUAAAAGGCAAUAUAAAGGUUUGUUGUCUGGAUGGAAAAUAAUUUAAAGUGUAAAAAAGAGAACUAGGGAAGGCGAUCCCGUGGUAAAACAUGAGUGCGAGCGUUAUUGUCACAGGUCUUGCCUUUAUUUCCUUUUUUUUUGGUCGAAAUAAUCACCUCUGAUCUGUUCUUUCCGUCCAUCCCUCCUUCCUAAAUGAUCUUCCGCUACGUGCACAGGUAACAGUUAGUGGUGUGUGGAAGUGGCUUCACGCUGGCUGAAUGUCUAAAGUCUUUAAUCGUUGAUUCUUAAGUCUUCACGUUCCUCACUUUACGUUAACUCUAAGAAAGAUCUAACACUCCUCUUCUGAUAAUCUCUCUUCCACCGAUUACUGAUAAUCUGCAAGGAGAGGUGAACACAUGAUCAGUGAAAGACUUUUUUUCUAGAUCCAAACUCAAUGUAUUGUCUUCUCAACAGUAUGCGGUAAAAAUGUGAGCCAGUUGGAGCCGUGUGUGCGUGUGUUUCUUCUUCUUUUCGACUGCGUGUGUAUGUCCUUAUGUGAGUAAAUGGUCAAAUCACAGGCUAUUUUAGAAGGGAGGAAGAAAGGUGAUUUGAAAACACAUCUCUCAUCUGCACAGAUUUCCUGCUUACAACAGAAACAUGGGGGUCUUUGUUGAAAAUUCGUUUUUGUCACUGAUAUGACAUAGAAAUAGUUAAAAAUCCUAUAAAUCAAUACUUUUUUCAUUUCAUUAUUAUUACCUGGUAAAUAUAAGUAUAAUAUAUGCUGCAUGGUGAUCUAGUUAAACAAACUAACAUGUACUUUAAGACCUUCUAAACGCUGGAUAAUUACCUCCUCAGGUUCAGAGACGGGCACUAGACAACAAAAACUCCCCCUUCUUAAAGCAGUACAUUUGUCAUGCGAAACCAUUUUGGAUAUUUUCAACAUAUAACAUACAGUAUGUAACAAAAGCUUUGGCCACCUUGUUUGAUUUUGCCCAUGGAGUAUUGUAUUUGCGUCCUCUAGUGUAUAACAGCAGUUGUUUGCUUUUUCUUUUCUUCUAUUAUCAUGUAGCCACGAUGCUUCUGUUUAUAAUAUUCACAUGCACUAUAUUAGAGUGUCCACUCUGCAGUCUGCAUGAAAUGACCUGGAUUUAUUCUUCUUAUUAUUAUUAUUAUUAUUUGAGUGUUGACGUUAUAUCGGCGAAACAAAAAAAAAAAACUGUCUUCUCAAAAGGGACCAUCUUGAGUCUGGUUUAUCAGUGUGUGUGUGUGUGUGUGUUUUGUUUCCUUUUCGAUUUUUGUUUUGUGUCGCGUUCUGGUGGUCGUGAGAUCACUGAGACAACACAGCUGUAUUAUCUCGGCAGUCACAUGACCAUCUAAGCAGGUUGUUAAAAAGAAUAAAUAUCUGUGUUUUUCGUUGCCUGAGGGAGCUCGGGGAGCAGAGACGUGGAGAUGUGGGAGACUGGGAGGAGGACUGACCUGUGAAUACACACUACAUUAAAUAGAAAAAAGCGCUUCAGACCACACUUGCAAAGAUACAGUCACACAACAAUGUAAUCACACAGUAAUUGGAUACUCUUUUGUAUGUACAUAAAAAUAAAGACUUAAAAAGAUAACUGGCAAAGUUAUUAACAUGCUGUAGUAAAGGAAGGAAAUAAUUAAACAACCACCAUGGAUCAUGUAGCAUCAUAAUGAAUUAAAAUACAUGAACCCCCAA